AUGUCUAGCCGUUUAAAUCGUUACUUUUCUGAUUCUGACGAUUCUCUUAGUGAUUCUAGUGAAUCCAAUAAUUCUUUUGAUAAAGCAUUUUCUUAUUUUACUUCAAUCCCUUCCGCAUAUGCUAUUAGAACACUUCAUGAAAUGGGAGAUCAAUAUUAUCAAGAUAGAAAAACAGCUUACGCUGAACUUCAAAUUGAAGGUCUUUAUGAUUCUAAUGGAACUGGAACCCUUCAAUCUUUUUAUAUUCAUAGAGAAUAUUUAGUUUCUCAAUCAGAAUAUUUUAAUAAAAUAUUUAAUGAUGUCGGAAGCGAAAAUUCUUUAAUCAAAAUUAGUAUUCCAUCUCCUGAUACAUUCGAACCCUUAUUGGAAUAUUUGUAUACAGGUAACGGGGAUAAAUGGUAUGACAGUCUCUCAAUCGAUAAUUAUACGGGCGCGUAUGAAAAUAUCGUUUUUUUUGGUUUGGGAAAGGACGUAAUGAAUAUUUGGAUGGAUUUUUACAAUACUACUGUUGAUUCAGUUAAUUCUAAUGUUUAG